AUGAAUGGGUUUCAACAAUAUGUUCUCCUUAUAAUAUGCUUUUUUGAUUGCGCCGUCUGCUCCCGUCCUCGAGAAGUGACUUGGUCAAAUAAAAGCUUUGGGCCCGAUGGACCGUGGCAAGCUGUCACCGUAUCUAUUGGAAGUAACUACUCGAGCCUCGUUGUGCCAUCCUCGGAUAUUGCGCUAUACCCUGGGGGAUCUUGGGAAAGCGAAAUAUUAUUGUCUUCUAUUUGCGACAAUAAAACCCUGUCGUCUGUGUGUUAUGGCGAUAAAGCCGGUCUCUUCGACAGUGAUAUUUCUGUCACAUACGACAACCACUCAAUCGAACUGCCUCCAUAUGGGCCAUGGGCUGACCUAAGUUGGGGAUACACCGCUGCGAUUCCUGUAUAUGCUAAAGCAACCCGCGCAACAGAUUGGGUAAUCAUCGAUGGCGCUUCUAUUCCGGACGUUGAUUUGAUUACGUUGUCUGCUGCAUGGCAAACUUACCCCAAUGGAGUUCACUACCCACUGGAAGUUGGAACCCUUUCUCUUGGGAGCCCAGAUAUCAACCAAACAUUCGGUGCCUCGAUCAAGAUCAACACGACAUUUGUCAACAGCUAUCUAUAUGACCAGGGUGGUGUUCACUCUAUUCCAUCAUACUCAUAUGGAAUGCAUAUCGGCUCUGCUGCAUUAGGAAUUCCAGGCUCGCUAUAUCUUGGAGGAUAUGACCAAAGCAGAGUUAUUGGUGACGUAUCUGCUCAAGCUUUCUCAAGUGGAAGUUUCCCAAUUGAAAUGUUUGAUAUCGAAAUUGGGGUGGCAGAGGGUGGAUCGCCUUGGGAUUAUUCCAAUAAGUCGGGUCUUUUAGCCCAUAAGAACUCCUCUUUGAAUUUCGGCCUCACUGUUCUCGCCGAUCCAUCCAAUCCAUACAUUUAUCUUCCACAAAGCUCAUGCGACGCGAUUGCCGAACAAUUACCAGUGACAUACCAGCCAGCCUACGGCCUCUAUUUUUGGAACACUACCUCUCCGCAGUUUAAAAGCAUCGUGGCUUCCCCGGGCUAUCUGGGAUUCAAAUUCAGCAAGAACGGCCUUAAUAAUGAAGACCUUACGAUCAAAGUUCCCUUCUCCCUGUUGAAUCCCACACUGGAGGCUCCACUAGUCAAGACUCCCGUCCAAUACUUCCCCUGCAUGGCAACAAACAGUACACCUGCUCUUGGACGUGCUUUCCUUCAAGCGGCAUUUAUUGGCGUGAAUUGGCUUGGACCUGAGAAAUGGUACUUGGCUCAGGCUCCAGGUCCAGGUGGCUCAUUUAUAGCCGACCCAGUCACGAUAAGCGACGAUGAAUCGGUUUCAGGAUCUUCUAGCAGCUGGGAGGAGACUUGGAAGAGCAAAUGGACCGUGAUACCUAACAACUCUACCUCGAACAACACAUCUACGACUGAUCGUCCAAGCACUAAAGACACUUCAAACAAGGGUAUGUCCACAAUUACAAAAGUAAGCAUUAGUGUCGGCGCAUCUGUAGGCCUGGUGAUUAUAGUUGCUACUAUUCUUGGGCUUUAUGUUUGCCGUCAGAGAAAGCGACAGGUGGCCAUGAAUCAAGAAACGAACUCAAUCGAAUUUGAUAAAUGGAGCUCACCGGCAUAUCAAUCGACGAUUCUUGAAGCACCUGAUACCAUGACGAAACAGUUGUACGAGUUAAAUAAUAAUUCGGCAAGGUAUGAGAUAGGGUCUAAAGGACACUACUUGUAUGAGAUCGGCUCGGAGAAAGACCAGGCAGCGGAGCUCGGCCAUGGAGAUGGUUUUCCAAAUAAGAUCUUUGAGCUGCCUGAACGGUGGUCGAUCGCGAAAAUGCCAAAAUUCAUAUGA